AUGGCGGCCCUUGUUCCUCCUCCUCCUCCAACCACUGCGGCUGAUACUACCCAGAAGCCGAAAGAGGAUGAGAAAGUUGAUUACUUUAAUCUUCCUUGUCCUAUCCCCUACGAGGAGAUCCAUCGUGAAGCUCUCAUGUCUUUAAAGCCAGAACUUUUUGAGGGGAUGCGCUUCGAUUUUACCAAAGGACUCAACCAGAGAUUCUCACUCAGUCACAGCGUGUUCAUGGGACCUAUGGAGGUUCCUUCACAAUCUCCGGAAACUAUUAAAAUUCCUACUGCUCACUAUGAGUUUGGUGCCAAUUUUAUAGAUCCAAAGUUGAUGCUUUUUGGGAGAAUAAUGACUGAUGGGAGGCUUAACGCAAGAGUAAAGUGUGAUUUAUCUGAGAAUCUUACUUUGAAGGCUAAUUCUCAGCUUACUAAUGAGCCACACAUGUCACAUGGCAUGGUCAAUUUUGAUUACAAGGGCAAAGAUUACAGGUCACAAUUUCAGCUAGGCAAUGGUGCAUUAUUUGGAGCAAACUACAUUCAGAGCGUGACUCCCCAUCUGUCUUUGGGUGGUGAAGUAUUUUGGGCUGGUCAGCAUCGGAAGUCUGGUAUUGGCUAUGCUGCUCGAUACAACACUGACAAGAUGGUUGCCACAGGGCAAGUCGCUAGCACUGGAAUGGUUGCCACAGGGCAAGUCGCUAGCACUGGAAUGGUUGCUCUGAGCUAUGUACAAAAAGUUUCUGAGAAGGUUUCUCUAGCAUCGGAUUUCAUGUACAACUACAUGUCACGAGACGUCACAGCUAGUUUUGGUUAUGAUUACAUUCUUCGACAGUGCCGUCUUAGAGGAAAGAUUGAUUCCAAUGGCACCGUGGCUGCAUUUUUGGAAGAGCGACUAAAUAUGGGUCUUAAUUUUGUCCUUUCUGCAGAGAUUGAUCACAGAAAGAAAGACUACAAAUUUGGGUUUGGAUUGACUGUUGGGGAGUAA